UCCCUCUGCUGGAUCAAUAACAAUUGGAGAAAUGACGUAGUAUGAUAAUCGAAAGGUAUAAAGAUCAUCUGACGCCACAGCCACACCGCAGGGUGCAUCGAAAGAGUCGAGCUCUCCACCAGGUACUGUCUCCUUGCCUCCAUCAUGCUGCGAAUUAGCUUACUCUGUGCCUGUGUGGCAGUAACCGCUGCAGCCAGCUCUCAAGAAAUCCUACGCACCCAAUGGGAGGCAUUCAAAUCUACCCACAACAAAUCCUACCAGUCCAACAUGGAGGAGCUCCUGAGGUUCAAGAUUUUUAGUGAGAACAGUCUGCUGAUUGCUAGGCACAAUGCCAAAUACGCUAAAGGACUCGUUUCGUACAAGCUUGGCAUGAACCAGUUCGGUGAUCUGCUGCCGCACGAGUUUGUGAAGAUGUUCAAUGGCUACCGUGGUGAGCGCACCGCCCGACGGGGAUCUACCUUCCUGCCACCGGCGAACGUCAAUGACAGCAGCCUGCCUGAAACUAUCGACUGGCGCGACAUAGGAGCCGUGACAGCCGUGAAGGACCAGGGACAGUGCGGGUCCUGCUGGGCCUUUAGCGCCACGGGAUCUCUGGAGGGCCAGCAUUUCCUGAAGACCGGCAAGCUGGUCUCACUCAGUGAGCAAAACUUGGUCGACUGCUCCGGAGACUUCGGGAACCAGGGCUGCAGCGGCGGACUCAUGGACAACGCUUUCAACUACAUCAAGGCGAACGAUGGUAUUGACACCGAAAAAAGCUAUCCUUAUGAGGCUGUGGAUGACAAGUGCCGUUUCAAGAAGGAAAAUGUUGGUGCAACCGACACCGGCUUCGUGGACAUCGAGCAGGGAUCUGAAGAUGACCUGAAGAAGGCGGUUGCCACCGUUGGCCCAGUUUCCGUAGCUAUCGACGCUUCGCACUCAUCAUUCCAGCUCUACUCUGAAGGAGUGUACGACGAGUCCGAAUGUAGCAGCGAACAGCUGGACCACGGUGUGCUUGCUGUCGGCUAUGGUGUUGAGAACGGCAAGAAGUAUUGGCUUGUUAAGAACAGCUGGGCUGAAACCUGGGGAGAUAAGGGCUACAUCAAGAUGUCCCGUGACAAAGACAACCAGUGCGGCAUCGCCUCUUCAGCCAGCUACCCGCUCGUCUAACUAGCGAUUUGACGUCAUGACAUUACAUUAAACGCUUCGUAAAUUGUACAUAAUUUAACCACUGCAAUAAAUCACCUUGGUUUUGACA